UCGCAUUGACGAAAUUUUUGCAUCUCCCAGACGGUGGCCAGUCGUUGAUCUCUGCGGUUUGAGAGAAUGAGGCGCGUACACGCACUUCUCAUAGUUGCGCUCUUUUUCCUAAUUGGACUGAAAAACACUCAAAGUGAAUAUCUGUCCCAUUACAUCCGACCGGAUUUGCUGACCGAAAAUGCCGCUUGUCGAUCAGAAAGUGAAGUUUUGCUCAAAGGGAUUGCAAAUCUUGAGCUAUGGGCCUUAAAAAUUGUGGAUUCAAGCUCUAAAAUUCAGUCGGGAAUUUUAUCCGGCAAUAUUAAAGACUUUGGUAAUUUUGACGAAUGCAUCGAUACUAAAAAAAACUCCAUAAGAGGAAAGUAUUGCUUGGCUCACAUCCACGUUGAUGCAUCAGAGCCAAAUGUUCCAAUCAAAAACGAAAUCAUUGACUAUGUUUCGUACGGAAGACGCCACACCGAAAUCACUCACAAUAGAACUCAAAAUAACGUGCUGUUGCCAGAUAUUCUUCCGUCUUUAGCACUUUUCCAGUCAGCAUUUUGCGUCCCCGCGUCAUGCCAGCCAAAGGACGUGGAAAAUAUGGUCAAUGUUUCUUUAAAAGAGAUUGGAAAUUCAGUAGGGCUCAAAAUUUACUCGGAAGUAUUUGAGGAAAAUUGUUACACUGAAACAAAUGAGCCUUGGAGCACUGGACAGAAAGUUUUCUUGAUUGUUUUCGUCUGCCUUAUUACGAUUGCCGCAGUUGCUUCAAUUUUUGAGCAACAAAUCAUUGCACAAACAAAAAUUACUAAUGACAAAUCCCUGCUGAAUUCAUUUCUGGAAAAAGGAAUUCUCCCUUUCGUGAUUUCGAAAAAUUGGAAUAAGCUGACCAGAGACGUUUCCAAAAAUUCGAUGCGAAGUAUGGACGGCAUUCGCGCUUUCAGCAUUUGCUUGGUCGUAAUUUGCCACUGUGGCCUUUCCAAUAUGGUCCUUCCAUUCAUGAACAACAAGACCAUAUUGGACUGGGCAGAUCAAAUAGUGUACUUGCCAAUUUAUCUCUCUGGCUGGAGCGUCGACUCUUUCCUUUUGCUCGGCGGCGCCCUUCGAACCUACAACAUGUUGAAAGAACACAGUGAAAAAAAGUUCAAUUUCUUCAAUGACUUUCUCCAAAGAUACUUCAGAUUCACUCUUCCUCUCUUAGCAACAAUCGCAUUUUACGCCACCGUGUUUGAAAAAAUCGGAAGUGGGCCAACUUGGUACAAAAGCGUCGUAAUACAUAAGGAGGCUUGCCAAAGGAAUUGGUUUUGGAAUGCGCUUUACGUCAAUAACAUCGUCAACUCUGAAGAUUUGUGCAUCGUUCAAACUUGGUACUUGGGAGCGGACAUGCAACUUUAUCUUGUUGCUCCUCUCAUAAUUCACCUGCUUUGGCGGUGGCCAACCAUCGGGAAACAAAUUUUCGCGUUUGUAUUCUUCUUGUCAAUGUUGAUUCCCGCAGCCAUAGUUUAUUUGACGGGAGCAGCGCCAUUGUAUGCAGCUUCUUAUACUGAUGAGCAAAUAAUCGAUUACUUGAAAUGGCUCCAUUAUUUCACUCCGAACCGAAUAACGCCGUACAUGGUCGGCAUCGCCCUUGGAUUCGUUUUGUGGAAACUGAAAAGCGGAGAUUCCGAAAAAAUGCCAAAGAAAGCAGAGUAUGCAGGAUGGAUUUUGUCACUUGCAGCCCUGCUUGCUUCUUUAUAUACAGCUUUUAAAUUUGUAAAUCCAAGUUUCAAAUACGAUUUGGUGGAGACGAUGAUUUUCGCUGGACUGCAUAAGGCUCUUUUCACGAUUUAUCUUGCGUGGAUCAUUUACGCAUGCGAAAGUGGUCGUUCAGAAAAUUUGAACAAGUUUCUUGCGUGGAAGCCGUUUGCUUUCAUCAGCAAACUUUCCUUCAGCAUAUUUCUGACGCAUUACAUUGUGCUGAGUUACAUGGAAGGAACUUUGAGGCACCAACGUUAUUUUGACUUCAUCCAAAAUACCCACGUUUUUGCCGGGAAUUUCACGUUCUCAGUUCUUUUGGCGAUCGUGUUCUUUUUACUGGUGGAGGCGCCAUCGAGGUCGUGGGUCGGUUCUUGGUUCGUUAAAAAAUAAUGUAAGAUUUAUGUAAUAUA